UCCAUUCCCACCUGAAACUGAAAUAAACUCAAAAGCCCAUACCUAAUAGUAAUAACUAAAUUAAUUUCUUUCGAUGAUUAGUUUGAUCCAUAAAUCUGCUUUUAUAUUAAAAUUAGACGGUCUCUUCUAAUAAUUUUUGCCCCAUAAAAGCAUUCAUUCUCCUCACUCCUAACUCAUAACUUAUAGAAACACACACACAAGUGAAAUAAGAAAGCAAAAGAAGUGCAAACAAUGGAGAAGAACAAGGAGAAAAAAGAGAUGGAAGUAGUAAAAGGAAUAGAUGUGCAACGUUAUAUGGGACGUUGGUAUGAAAUAGCAUCUUUUCCAUCGAGAUUUCAGCCGAAAGAUGGCGAAAAUACUCGCGCAACUUACACGCUGAAUUCUGAUGGUGCGACAAUUCAUGUGCUCAACGAAACAUGGAGUGGUGGAAAGCGUAGUUUCAUCGAGGGUUCUGCUUAUAAAGCUGAUGUUAACUCUGAUGAAGCGAAGCUUAAGGUUAAAUUUUAUGUGCCUCCAUUUUUGCCUAUUAUACCUGUUGUUGGAGAUUACUGGAUUCUUUCGCUUGAUGAUAAUUAUCAGUAUGCUUUGAUUGGUCAGCCUUCUCGCCGCUAUCUAUGGAUACUUUGCAGGACACCUCAUAUGGAAGAAUCGAUAUACAAUGACCUGGUGCAGAAGGCAGUCGAGGAAGGCUACGAUGUUAGCAAACUUCACAAGACUCCACAGGCUGACCCUCCUCCAGAAGGUGAUGAAGGCCCCAAGGAUACUGGAGGCAUCUGGUGGAUCAAAUCCAUCUUGGGAAAAUAGAGCACGCCACCAAGUAAUGGUAUUAAUGAUUCAAGAGAAUUAUGAAGAAAAUCACUGGAAUUCGCUAGUAUUGCAUAUUGUUGUGUUGCUGUUGGUAUUAGGGAACUUUGUGCUGUGCAGUUCAUCGUUGUAUACUAUGCUGUCUAGUACCAAAGUGACAGGGUUUUAGUUUUGUUACCCUUUCCCUGUCUUCUCGUACUACGUAGGUUUGUCUUGAGUCGUGCAUCUAAAACUACUGGAAUACUCUUUGCUUAGCGCCAUACUUUGUUGUUUGUAGUAGAUGAACACUCGCACUCUGUAAAUUUGAUCUCAAUUUCAUGUAUGAAUUUCUCUCUUAAUGCAUAGUCUGAAUUUCUGA